AUGGCUGCCUCCAGAUGUAAACAUUCAUGUGCUGCCGGCCUAGAAACGCGCACGUUUUACGCGGCAGAAAACCGCGCCCUAAGAGGCUUUACGUACCUGAACAAAACUGCGCGAUCUGCUAUCAUCUGUGGACGGGAAUGCAGCAUGGAUAUGCACUGCAUGUCUUUUAACUUUGACGAAGGCACUAAACUGUGCGAGAAAAACCAGGCUACAAGGAAUGAGCAUCCAGGAAACUUCAGUGCAACUCUGGGAAGUUUGUACUAUGAUGCAGAUGAGGACACACUUCUCUACUCACUGAGCGACUGCUCCCUGAGUCGCAACCUUAGUUGCAAGUUGCGAUUAGAUGCCGGGUGUCGUUUAAGCGGUGUCUACACAAUCUACCCAGAGGGAUUCGGUAAUGGCGGUCUUCGCGUCUACUGUGACAUGGAAACCGACGGCGGGGGAUGGAUCGUGUUUCAGAGGCGACAAAAUGGCAGCGCGGACUUCUACCGUAACUGGGCCGCCUACCAGUCUGGCUUUGGCGAUCUGUCUGGUGAGUUCUGGUUAGGCAACGACAACUUGGUGACUCUGACGGCUGAUGAUUCACAAGGAACAUGGGAGCUACGAGUGGAUCUGGAGGACUGGGAUAACAAGACAGCAUGGGCGAGGUAUACAGAUUUCAAACUCUCCCCGGGUAAGUAUAAUCUGAUCUACGAUAAGUACGAUACCAAGAGCACUGCAGGUGACUCUCUGGAGUACAGCAAGGGGUUCCCCUUUACAGCCAUGGGCGCGGACAAUGACGAGUGGAAAUGGAAUUGCGCUAAGUAUCACAAAGGAGCCUGGUGGUUCAAUGCUUCUGCCUUCGGAUUUGAACAUUCAUGCGAUGCCGGCCUAGAAACGCGCACGUUUCACGCUGCAGAUAACCGCGCCCUAAGAGGCUUUACAUACCUGAACAAAACUGCGCGAUCUGCCAUCAUCUGCGGACGGGAAUGCAGCAUAGAUAUGCACUGCAUGUCUUUUAACUUUGACGAAGGCACUAAACUGUGCGAGAUAAACCAGGCUACAAGGAAUGAGCAUCCAGGAAACUUCAGUGCAACUCUGGGGAGUUUGUACUAUGAUGCAGAUGAGGACACACCUCUCUACUCACUGAGUGAUUGCUCUUUGAAUCGCUACAGAAGUUGCAAGAUGCUCUUAGAUGCCGGGUAUCGUUCAAGCGAUGUCUACACUAUCAACCCAGAGGGAUUCGGCAAUGGCAGCCUUCGCGUCUACUGUGACAUGGAAACCGACGGCGGGGGAUGGGUCGUGUUUCAGAGGCGACAAGAUGGCAGCGUGGACUUUUGGCGUAACUGGGCCGCCUACCAGUCUGGCUUUGGCAAUCUGUCCGGUGAGUUCUGGUUGGGCAACGACAACUUGGUGACUCUGACGUCUGAUGAUUCACAAGGAACAUGGGAGCUACGAGUGGAUCUGGAGGACUGGGAUAGGAAGACAGCAUGGGCAAGGUACACAGAUUUCAAACUCUUCCCGGGUAAGUAUAAUCUCAGCUACGAUAAGUACGAUAACAAGAGCACUGCAGGUGACUCUCUGGAGUACAGCAAGGGGUUUCCCUUCACAGCUUUGGGCGCGGAUAAUGACAACUGGAAAUGGAAUUGCGCAUAUCAACACAGAGGGGCCUGGUGGUUCAACUCCUGUCUGAGGUCACACCUUAACGGUAUAUAUUAUCCCAGUCAGCAUGCUAUUGCAGACUGGGGUAUUUCGUGGCGCACCUGGCACCCCGCUCCAUAUUCCCUGAAAACAUGCGGCAUGAAAAUACGCGAAACGGGCCCAAAUUAA